AGCUCUAUAACUGCCCGCCUCCUCUCCCUGCCCUCCCUCCUCGUCGGAUGCGGCGCUGCGAGGGGAAGAGCAGCCGGAGGGGAGCGGCGCGGCGCAGCAGCACCCCCAGCCCCGGCCGCCCGCCGCUGCCCGCCCAGACUUGCUGAUACUGUGUUCAUCAAGGGGAAAAAGAUGCCUUGUUGGUAUGAGGUACAGAGCUGCGUCCUCUUGGCAUUUUUAGCUGUCGCAGCUUACUCCAUCAGUGAUGCCCAGGGCCAAGUGUCCCCACCAACAAGACUAAGAUAUAAUGUAGUCACUCCUGACAGUGUACAGAUCUCUUGGAAAGCCCCCAAAGGGCAAUUCACUGGAUAUAAACUGCUUGUCACUCCAAGUUCAGGUGGAAGAACCAAUCAACUAAUUCUUCAAAACACUGCUACCAAAGCAAUUAUUCAAGGUCUUAUUCCAGACCAAAGCUAUGCCCUUCAGAUCAUUGCAUUCAGUGAUGACAAGGAGAGUAAACCAGCCCAAGGCCAAUUCAGAAUUAAAGAUAUAGAGAGAAGAAAAGAAACAAGUAAAUCCAAGGUGAAGGAUCCAGAAAAAACAAACGCGAGUAAACCAGCUCCAGAAGGAAGCCUGUUUACCUGUAAAACUCCAGCUAUUGCAGAUAUUGUGAUUCUAGUAGAUGGUUCCUGGAGUAUCGGCCGAUUCAAUUUCAGACUUGUUCGACUAUUCCUGGAAAAUCUGGUUUCUGCUUUCAAUGUGGGAUCUGAGAAAACAAGAGUAGGUCUUGCACAGUACAGUGGUGAUCCUCGCAUUGAAUGGCAUUUGAAUGCCUACGGCACAAAAGAUGCGGUGUUGGAUGCAGUCCGCAAUUUACCAUAUAAAGGAGGGAAUACGUUAACAGGUCUUGCGUUAACUUACAUUUUGGAAAAUAGCUUUAAGCCUGAAGCAGGUGCGAGGCCUGGGGUAUCUAAAAUUGGCAUAUUGAUCACCGAUGGGAAAUCCCAGGAUGAUGUUAUCCCUCCUGCUAAAAACCUACGAGAUGCUGGCAUUGAGCUGUUUGCUAUUGGUGUGAAGAAUGCAGACAUAAAUGAACUCAAAGAGAUUGCCUCUGAACCUGACAGCACACAUGUCUACAACGUUGCUGAUUUCAACUUCAUGCAUACUAUUGUUGAAGGUCUUACCAGAACGGUGUGCUCACGAGUAGAGGAACAGGAAAAGGAAAUCAAAGGAACAAUUGUUGCUUCGCUUGGGGCUCCUACGGAUUUGGUCACAUCUGAGGUAACAGCUAGAGGAUUCCGUGUAAGCUGGACCCAUGCACCAGGCAAAGUGGAAAAAUACAGAGUUGUGUACUAUCCCACUCGAGGAGGGCAACCGGAAGAGGUUGUGGUAGAUGGAAGCGUAUCAACAACAGUUCUGAAAAACCUGAUGUCUUUAACUGAAUACCAGAUAGCUGUAUUUGCUAUAUACUCAAAUGUUGCUAGCGAGGGCCUUCGUGGAACUGAAACUACACUUGCCUUGCCAAUGGCAUCAGAUCUGCAGUUGUAUGACGUGUCACACAGCAGCAUGAGAGCUAAGUGGAAUGGAGUAGCGGGUGCCACAGGUUACAUGAUCCUCUAUGCUCCUCUGACAGAAGGAUUGGCUGCAGAUGAAAAGGAGAUCAAAAUUGGGGAGGCUUCCACAGAACUUGAACUGGAUGGACUAUUGCCAAAUACAGAAUAUACAGUCACAGUUUAUGCCAUGUUUGGAGAAGAAGCUAGUGAUCCCCUUACAGGACAAGAAACUACAUUGCCUCUGAGUCCCCCAGCGAACUUGAAAUUUUCAGACGUUGGACACAAUAGUGCUAAACUAACAUGGGAUCCUGCUUCCAAAAAUGUAAAAGGCUAUCGCAUCAUGUAUGUUAAAACAGAUGGAACGGAAACCAAUGAGGUGGAAGUCGAUCGUGUUUCAACACACACCUUAACAAGUCUGACAUCCCUUACGGAAUAUACUGUUGCUAUUUUCUCCCUGUAUGAUGAAGGACAAUCUGAACCACUUACUGGCAGCUUUACCACAAAAAAAGUUCCAUCUCCCCAGCAUUUGGAAGUUGAUGAAGCAUCAACAGAUAGUUUUAGGGUCAGCUGGAAACCCACAUCCUCAGAUAUUGCGUUUUACAGAUUGGCAUGGAUUCCUUUGGAUGGGGGAGAAUCUGAAGAGGUUGUCUUAAAUGGAGACACAGACAGUUAUGUUAUUGAGGGUUUGUUGCCCAACACGGAAUAUGAAGUUUCUUUGCUGGCAGUUUUUGAUGAUGAAAGUGAGAGUGAAGUUGUUGCUGUUCUUGGAGCUACAUUUGCAGGGACUACCACAAUACCUACUACUGUGACUACUCCCAGUACCACAACUCCUAAGCCCACCAUAGCAGUUUUUCGAACAGGAGUCAGAAACCUUGUUAUAGAUGAUGAAACAACCUCAAGUCUGAGAGUGAUGUGGGACAUUUCAGAUUACAAUGUUCAGCAGUUCAGAGUGACCUAUCUCACUGCGAAUGGUGACCUUGCCGAGGAAGCGGUAAGAACGGUAAUGGUGCCUGGGAGACAAAACUCUCUUCUACUUCAGCCUCUGCUGUCUGAUACAGAAUACAAAGUCACAAUUACUCCCAUCUAUGCUGAUGGAGAAGGAGUCAGUGUCUCAGCUCCUGGCAAAACAUUACCCUUGUCUGCUCCUAGAAAUUUACGUGUCUCAGAUGAAUGGUACAACAGAUUACGUAUUAGUUGGGAUGCCCCACCAUCACCAACAAUGGGUUACAGAAUUGUCUACAAACCUAUAAACAUCCCUGGUCCUGCGUUGGAGACCUUUGUAGGGGAUGAUAUAAAUACCAUUCUUAUUCUAAAUCUCUUCAGUGGAACAGAGUACAGUGUGAAAGUAUUUGCUUCAUACUCAACAGGCUUCAGUGAUGCCCUAACAGGCGUAGCCAAAACCUUGUACCUGGGUGUGACAGAUCUGGAUGCAUAUCAAGUCCGCAUGACUAGUCUCUGUGCUCAGUGGCAGCUUCACAGACAUGCUACUGCAUACAGAGUAGUUUUAGAAUCGCUUGUGGAUGGGAAAAAGCAAGAGGUAAAUCUUGGUGGAGGGACGCCUAGACAUUGUUUCUUUGAGCUAAUGCCUGGGACUGAAUAUAAAAUCAGUGUCCACACACAGCUUCAGGAGAUAGAGGGCCCUGCUGUAAGCAUCAUGGAGACAACAUUACCAUUUCCAACUCAGCCACCAACUUCUCCUUCAACAACAUCUCCACCACCUACAAUCCCUCCUGCAAAAGAGGUGUGCAAAGCAGCCAAAGCUGACCUAGCGUUCCUGGUGGAUGGGUCCUGGAGUAUUGGAGAUGACAAUUUCAAUAAAAUAAUUAGCUUUCUCUAUAGCACUGUUGGAGCUUUGGAUAAGAUUGGCCCUGAUGGAACUCAGGUGGCAAUAAUUCAAUUCAGUGAUGAUCCCAGGACAGAAUUUAAAUUGAAUGCAUACAAAACAAAAGAGACUCUUCUUGAGGCUAUUCAGAAAAUAGCCUACAAAGGAGGAAAUACAAAAACAGGCAAAGCCAUUAAGCAUGCGAGAGAAAUCUUGUUCACUGGAGAGGCAGGCAUGAGAAGGGGCAUUCCAAAGGUUUUGGUUGUCAUUACUGAUGGGCGAUCACAGGACGAUGUGAACAAAGUCUCCAGAGAAAUGCAACUAGAUGGUUUCACCUUUUUUGCUAUUGGAGUAGCUGAUGCUGACUAUUCAGAGUUAGUUAAUAUUGGCAGCAAGCCCAGUGAAAGACAUGUCUUCUUUGUGGAUGACUUUGAUGCCUUUACAAAGAUCGAAGAUGAGCUGAUCACUUUUGUUUGUGAAACUGCAUCAGCAACCUGUCCACUGGUAACUAAAGAUGGCAACAAUUUCGCAGGAUUUAAAAUGAUGGAAAUGUUUGGCUUGGUUGAAAAGGAGUUUUCAGCUGUUGAAGGGGUUUCGAUGGAACCUGGUACAUUUAACGUUUACCCAUGCUACAGACUGCACAAGGAUGCCCUGGUGUCCCAACCUACCAAGUAUUUGCAUCCUGAAGGUCUCCCUUCUGAUUACACCAUUACGUUUCUAUUUCGCAUACUUCCUGAUACACCUCAAGAACCAUUUGCUCUUUGGGAGAUUUUAAAUGAACAAUAUGAACCACUGGUUGGAGUUAUUUUAGAUAAUGGUGGUAAAACACUGACUUUCUUUAACUAUGACUACAAAGGAGACUUUCAAACUGUGACUUUUGAAGGUCCUGAAAUAAGGAAGAUAUUUUAUGGGAGUUUUCAUAAGUUGCAUGUUGUUAUCAGCAAGACUACAGCCAAAAUAGUUAUUGACUGCAAGGAAGUGAGUGAGAAGACCAUUAAUGCAGCAGGGAAUAUUAGUUCUGAUGGCAUAGAAGUGCUGGGAAGAAUGGUCAGAUCAAGAGGACCAAGAGACAACUCUGUGCCAUUGCAGUUACAGAUGUUUGACAUUGUUUGUGCUACCUCGUGGGCCAAUCGAGACAAAUGCUGUGAGCUUCCUGGCUUGAGAGAUGAGGAAAAUUGCCCUGCCCUUCCUCAUGCUUGUUCCUGUUCAGAAGCUAAUAAGGGUCCUCUUGGGCCUCCUGGACCACCGGGGGGCCCAGGUGUCAGAGGUGCCAAAGGUCAUCGUGGAGAUCCAGGUCCAAAGGGACCAGAUGGACCCCGAGGUGAAAUUGGUGUUCCUGGACCUCAGGGACCUCCGGGACCACAAGGACCCAGUGGACUUUCUAUUCAAGGACUUCCAGGGCCACCAGGUGAAAAGGGAGAGAAGGGAGAUCUUGGUUUUCCUGGCCUGCAGGGUGUCCCAGGAGCCUCAGGUUCACCUGGAAGAGAUGGAGCUCAAGGUCAAAGGGGCCUUCCUGGCAAAGAUGGACCCACAGGCCCACAAGGACCUCCUGGCCCAGUGGGCAUACCUGGUGCUCCAGGUGUUCCAGGUGUUACAGGAAGCCAGGGGCCACAAGGUGAUGUUGGAGCUCCUGGUGCUCCUGGACCUAAGGGAGAAAGGGGUGAGCGGGGUGAUCUCCAGUCCCAAGCAAUGGUGCGUGCUGUUGCUCGUCAAGUGUGUGAACAACUCAUCCAGGGUCAUAUGGCUAGAUAUAACUCAAUUCUGAACCAGAUUCCAAGCCAGUCUGUCUCAACACGAACCAUUGCAGGACCUCCUGGGGAGCCAGGUCGGCCAGGGGCUCCAGGGCCCCAGGGUGAGCAAGGAUCACCAGGCAUGCAAGGGUUUCCAGGAACUCCUGGGCAACCAGGAAGACCAGGAGAAAGAGGUUUACCGGGCGAGAAGGGAGAAAAAGGCAAUCCGGGUGUUGGAACUCAAGGACCCCGAGGCCCACCAGGAUCUACAGGGCCUCCAGGAGAAAGCCGAACUGGCAGCCCGGGUCCCCCUGGCUCCCCGGGCCCACGGGGCCCAGCCGGCCACACGGGGCCCCCCGGCUCACAGGGCCCCUCCGGCCCCCCGGGGUACUGCGACCCUUCCUCCUGCGCGGGGUACGGCAUGGGAGGUGGAUACGGUGAGCCAACCGAUCAAGACAUCCCAGUAGUGCAGUUGCCACAUAACUCCUACCAAAUCUAUGACCCCGAGGACCUUUAUGAUGAGUUUACUCCCGUUCGAGAAGAGAUGGAAGCCGUUGAACUGAGAUCCCCGGGAAUUACUCGCUUCACAAGGAAGAUAGCCAAGAGAAGUGUCAAGACUCCAGUACACAAAAAGGCAAAUGGAAAAAAGCCCUCUCAAUGAACUGUUCAGAAAGGGAAACAUUUUAUGUGCAUCUAUAUUUGGCCCUUUGUUCAGGUACCUGACCUGUCACGGAAGAUGUUUACAAGCUCUUAUAUUAAAGGAAAAUAAAUGUACAUGACCAGCUGACACAAAAAAUAAAGGUGAUUAUCUUGCAUGCCAGAAACUUAGUAUGUUAGUGGGUUGGUGCUAGAUGAUGGUGAAGGAUCACUUGUAGAUCUUUCUCCAGAGUGCUGUUCGAUACAGUAUUCAAACUGUAUCUAAAAAACUGCAUCUGGUAAAGUUGCUGUACAGAACCAUUUGGGAAGGUCCAUGUUUGUUAUCCACGAUUUUCCAGCUGACACUGUUCUCUUAGUUUUGGAUGAGUUGCUUUUACUAGCGGAUUAACCCUACUAAAUUCACUGAAGAACAAUGCAUAAUCAGGUUUCCUUAAAGCCAGCUAUUACCCUUUCGCAAAGUUUUAUGUUUAUGCAAUUUUUUUUUAACCCACAUU